CUUGGAAGACCUUCAGUAUGCCUCUGGAAACGGGGCUGUGAUAGUGUGUACGAGCCGUGUUGGACGAUAAGUCAGUUUUCUAUCUGUAUAACCAUGGCGAUGCGAGUGCAAAAGCUGAUCACGCAGAUCUAUAACGCAUCGCAAUCAAUUUCAACGAGACAAUUUUCCGUCACAUCAUGCCUCAGGCAAAAGCAUUUUGCAGCCUUCAAAUGGGAGGACCCGCUGAACUUGGAAUCUUGCCUGACAGCUGACGAAAUCAUGAUUCGAGAUCAGUUUCGCACGUAUUGCAAUGAAAAGUUAAUGCCUCGCGUUAUUGAAGCUAAUCGCAAUGAGCACUUCGACCGAUCCAUCAUCAAGGAACUUGGGGACAUGGGUGUACUGGGCUGUACAGUCAAGGGUUAUGGCGCGGCGGGUGUGUCCUCGGUAGCUUAUGGUCUUCUAGCUAAGGAGAUCGAGUCGAUCGAUAGUGGAUACCGCUCGGCAUUUUCUGUUCAGUCGUCUCUUGCAAUCGGUGCCAUCGAAGCUUACGGAAACGAUGCUCAGAAAGACAAGUACUUGCCCAAAUUAAUUUCUGGAGACCUCGUGGGAUGUUUCGGUCUAACUGAACCUAAUCAUGGUAGUGAUGCUGGAGCUUUGGAAACUCGAGCUAGGUUUGAUCCUGCCAAAAAAGAAUACAGGAUCAGUGGUAGCAAAACAUGGAUAACCAAUUCACCGAUAGCAGACAUUUUAAUAAUAUGGGCCAAAGAUGAUAACGGCGACAUUCGUGGCUUUAUUGUUGAGAGAAAAGGAAAUGAGAAUAAACUGUCAACGCCAAAAAUUGAAGGCAAAUUUUCGUUGAGAGCAUCGGUGACUGGUAUGAUACUCAUGGAUGAAGUUGUUGUACCCGAAGAAAACUUGAUGCCGAAAGUAAAGGGUUUGAAGGGCCCUUUCGGCUGUUUGAACAAUGCUAGAUAUGGUAUUGGUUGGGGCGCGCUGGGAGCAGCUGAAAGAUGUUUAAAAUUAGCGAGAGCCUAUACCCUCGAAAGAAAGCAAUUCAAACGUCCUUUAGCAGCUAAUCAAUUAAUGCAGAAGAAAAUGGCAGAUAUGAUGACGGAAAUUGCAAUAGGCUUACAGGCUUGUUUGCAAGUAGGCAGAUUAAAGGAUGAGAACAAAGUGGCACCAGAAAUGAUAAGCAUCAUUAAACGCAAUUCUACAGGCAAAGCACUAGAAAUUGCCAGAAAUGCUAGGGACAUGCUAGGAGGAAAUGGCAUUUCCGAUGAAUAUCACAUAAUUAGGCAUGUCAUGAAUCUGGAGUCAGUUAACACGUAUGAAGGCACCCACGACAUUCAUGCGCUCAUUUUAGGUAGAGCCAUCACUGGCAUUCCAGCUUUCGCUGGUUAAAGAAUUGGCUUAAUUAGUGUUGUACAGAAUAACCAUUUUUGUUAUAAGAAUUGUAAAUAAUACCAAAAUAUAAUUCUUUUUUAUAUUAUAAUA